UUUUGCGAAUCCACUUUAAUCAUCCGUACUUUUCGCUCCAAACUGUGACCCAGGCUCUGAGCCUCAGGGUUGAGGGACAGAUGGGGGUACAGCCCUCCACAAUCCUGGCGACUCGGGGAAGGUCAGCGCGGGCGGACGGGCGGGGCGCGCUGUUGUGGCCCAGACUCACAGGCCACCCCAUCCCCACCUGAAACUCUGGCUGUCACUCGGUGCCAGCUGAGCCUAUCGAUGUCCAAGGUUCUUGAGAGGGGGCGGGCCUUAUGCAAAUCGUGUCGUCUUCGAGAAGCACAUAGUGAUACAAGAGCUCGGGAGGCGGCUCCAACGCGGACCUUACAGAGCCCGGCGUCCGCCUGCUAGCCAGCCCGGUCCCAGCGGCCGCCCAGGCUCGGAGCCAUCCAGCGAGUCAGCGAGCGGCCUCAGGUGGACAGCCAUCUGGUAGGCCCGCCUUGGGCAAGGGACCACCUGCACUUCAAGCCGGGUCCCCUGUUCAAGGAAGGUGGUACGGCUACCUUCUUACCCCCAGCUCAGGCCCACCAUGGGGAAGAACAACAGCAAGCUGGCCCCCGAGGUGCUGGAAGACCUGGUCCAGAACACAGAGUUCAGCGAGCAGGAGCUAAAGCAGUGGUAUAAGGGGUUCCUGAAGGACUGUCCCAGCGGCAUCCUCAACCUAGAGGAGUUUCAGCAGCUCUACAUCAAGUUCUUCCCUUACGGAGACGCCUCCAAGUUUGCACAGCACGCUUUCCGCACCUUCGACAAGAACGGCGACGGCACCAUCGACUUCCGGGAGUUCAUCUGCGCCCUCUCUGUCACCUCCCGUGGCAGCUUCGAGCAGAAGCUCAACUGGGCCUUUGAGAUGUACGACCUGGAUGGCGACGGACGCAUCACGCGCCUGGAGAUGCUGGAGAUUAUCGAGGCUAUCUAUAAGAUGGUGGGCACCGUCAUCAUGAUGCGUAUGAACCAGGAUGGGCUCACACCCCAGCAGCGCGUGGACAAGAUCUUCAAGAAGAUGGACCAGGACAAGGAUGACCAGAUUACACUGGAGGAGUUCAAGGAGGCAGCCAAGAGUGACCCAUCCAUUGUGUUGCUGCUUCAGUGUGACAUGCAGAAGUAGAGGCUGGUGAGGGGCAGGGCCCCUGGCCAGGACAGGCAUGGCACCUCCCAUCCUGAUGUCCUCUCUGCUGGCCCGUCCCCAGGGGGAGGGGCAUUCCAGCCUCACUCCCUAGGUCCCCCACUCCUCUGCCCAAGCCUUUCUCUCCUCAGUCAAGUUCCGUGAGGGACCACCUCAUCCUGCAAAAGAGAUGGGUCCUCUCAAGUAGCCUGUCCUCAAAGCGUCUGUCACUAGCUCCACCUCUAGCCUUGGCCUAGAACCAACAUCCUUUGGGCUUAGGAGAGUUGGCUUUUGACCCAAGAGGCGAGGUUAAGGAGGGGCUGAGGGCUUGCUUCGAAAUCCUGUUGUUCCCAGGAUUCAGCUCUAAUACACAAAGCGGUCCCAGAGGCUCCCAGUCAAAGGGCCAAACUGGGUCUCUCCUUUCCAGAUUCCUUGAGAGGUGGUCCCACCCCCUCGACUCUACCUGGCCCUUCUGGCCCCACCCUUGGGAACAUCCAUUGAGUCCCUUCUCCAGCUAAUGCUUGUUGAGCACUCGUUCAAUGCCAGGCACCUGAAGGUGCUAAGAAUAUGGUUGUUUACAAAAACACAUUCCAUGCCCUCUGAAAGCUCACAGGGUAAGGAGACAACUUCCAAGGGUGGAGGUCUUAGACAGGGAUGUGAAACACACGGAGACGAGGGCGCAAGGCAGCUGGCAGGUUCUUAGGACAAAUGUGUCCUUCAGCUAACACCACCCAAAGCUGCAGAAAGACUGAAAAAAAGCCCGAGGAAGUUUAGGUGCCACAUGUGGGUAGAAGUUUUAAGAAAAAUAAAAAUUUAUGUAAUAUUUA